AUGCUGCUAAAAUACUUUUAUAUUUGCGGUCUAGCCUGUGGACUCGUACCUGCUCCUAUCAACAAUAAGCAGUUCUCCAAGGCUUCUAGGACCUACCUUAUUUACACCGCCUGCCUGCAUGGACUGCUCCUGAUCCUUCUGCCGUUUACAUUUCCCAGAUAUAUGUACGAUGCCAGCUACAUGAGACGGAAUCUAGUCCUUCAGUGGGCCUUCAGCCUCACCAACAUCACAAGGAUCAUGGCCAUGUUUUCUGGCUUUUUUCUUACUUGGGGAAAGAGAAAGAAGCUAAUAGCUUUGGAAAAGGCUUUCUUAGCCCACUGUCUGGAAGUCAGGGAACUGGAAGACGAUUCUUCUGGUUUCUCCAAUCUUAGGCGGAGAAUUCGCGGCCUGCUGCUUCAUCAAUUUAUUCUCUUGAACUUCACGCUUGUGGUGUGUACUCUUCUGCUUAUGCGGAUAGAUACGGAUCAGGAAUUCAACUAUCUCCUGAUGAUAUUGGUCCACGUCCUGCAGUUUACAUACAUUGUCAUCAUGACGGCAGCUCUGCAUGUGAUCCUUUCGCUGCUCUUCUGGCAGCAGGAGCGGGUAAACUUGGCUCUCCAGGAUCUCUACUCUGCGCUGAACCACGAGGAGCGAAACUCCCUAUGCCUGUCCAGAACCAUAGCCACAGAAUCAGUGCAAGUCAUGCGGAAUCUCCUUCAGUUGCACUCGGAAAACCGGAGACUGCUGCGACAGAUUCUCAAGGAGCUGGACAUUCCCAUUGCCAUGCUGCUCUUGAAAAUGUUUGUGACCAACAUCAACCUGGUUUACCAUGGUGUGCAAUUCGGGAAUCACUCCAUAGAAACCACCAUCCUGACCAAAAUCUUGGGACAACUGGUUGUGGUUUCACAUUACUGGAGCGCCGUAUUGCUGAUGAACAUUGUGAAUAAUGUCACGCAAGCCAGUGGCCCCAAAACGGGCCACAUUUUAAAACAAUUUAGCCACCUUGAGUUAGUCAAACGCGAUUUCCAAUUAGAGCUGGAACUCUUUUCGGAUCAUUUGCGUUGUCAUCCCGCCACUUACAAGGUCUGUGGCCUAUUUGUGCUCAGCAAGCAGACAAGCCUGGUCUACUUUUUCUUUGUUUUAGUGCAGGUUUUGGUUUUAAUUCAAUUUGAUAUGAAGACCAAGUAA